AUGGACGACCCGCUAUACAAACUCGAGUUCUUGUCGCUCGUAUCGAAAAUCGCGACAGAGCUUGAGAAUCAUUUAGGAAUCAAUGAUCGUGUUUUAGCUGAGUUCAUUAUUUCACUGCAUGAACAGGCGGGCUCAUUACCGGCAUUCCAGAAAAAGCUGGAUGAUGUUGGCGCUGAAUUUACUGCUGCCUUUGUCGAAAAUCUCGAUAGGCUCAUUGUAACAUUGCACCCAAGGAAAAAGAAGGGGACAAACUCUGUUGAUGAAGCUAAACAUACACCGGACACAAAGCUCGAGCAAAAAGCACAAAUGCUUCCGGGCCUCGCGAUCCAGGACCAGGCGUGGGAAGAACCUGACUAUUAUCGCGACGAGCCGUCUAGACGCAGGCGCAUGCAUGAAUCCCUCGAAGAACCACAGCGUAGGUCCCGCUGGGACCGUGUGGAUGGACGUGCGUCUCCACCUCCGUCUCUACCGCCCUCUGUCCCAGACGAGCAACCAGUGCUCAAUAAGGUUUACUAUGGACGUGUAUCAGGUGUCAAGGACUUUGGCGCCUUUGUGACGCUUGAUGGUGUCGCCGGUCGGCGCGAUGGUCUUGUGCAUAUAAGUGCGCUGUGUAGCAAUACCGCCCGUGGAGGCAACACUGGCCGCAUAUCUCAUCCAUCUGAUGUGGUAUCUCGAGGUGACCAUGUCAAAGUAAAAGUCAUUUCCAUCGCGGGUCAACGCAUAGGCUUGUCUAUGCGCGAUGUUGACCAGGUCACAGGCCGCGAUUUAGUGCCACAGCCUCGUGGCCGCAUGGCGAUGGAGCAUCCGCCGAAUUUCUUGACAGGCGCGAAUCAUGAACCCCUUGGUGGUCGUUCCAGCGUAGCAAGCCGUUCUGUUGCAUCAACAUCAUCGACAGCAACAGAAGAACGGCGGGGUCGAGGUGCGAAGCGGCUGACAAGCCCGGAGCGCUGGGAAAUCAAGCAAUUGAUCGCUAGUGGCGUUGCCAAAGCCACUGACUACCCUGAACUUAUGGAAGAAGAGCACUCUACACCAGCGUCUCGACUUGCUGGUGACGAUGCAGAUGAAGACAUUGAAAUUGAAGUGAAUGAGAAAGAGGCUCCCUUUCUUGCUGGUCAGACAGCUGCUUCUCUGGAACUGUCACCCGUCAAGGUCGUAAAGGCACCCGACGGCUCGCUCAACCGAGCUGCUCAGGCAGGUACAUCUCUCGCAAAGGAAAGGCGCGAACUUCGCCAGCAAGAGCAGAACGAAGAAGCCGAUAAAAAGUCACGCGACAUGUCGACGGGCUGGCUUGAUCCCAUGGCUCAGGCAAGUGAAAAGAUGUUUGCUCAAGAUGUGCGAGGUCAAUCGCGCAUCCAACAAGCACAGCAGCAGUCGGAAUGGAAGAAGCAUGCCUUCAACAAAGCAACGACGUUUGGCAAGAUUACCACUCUGAGUAUGAAAGAGCAGCGUGAGAGCCUGCCAAUUUUCAAGCUGCGGGAGCCGUUGGUCCAGGCCAUUCGAGACAAUCAGGUGCUCGUAAUUGUUGGCGAGACAGGCUCUGGCAAAACAACGCAAGUGACUCAGUACCUCGCAGAAGAAGGAUUUGCUGACCAUGGGAAAAUUGGCUGCACACAGCCACGGCGUGUAGCUGCUGUAAGUGUUGCAAAGCGUGUAGCUGAGGAAGUCGGCUGUCGCAUUGGGCAAGAAGUUGGGUAUACGAUACGGUUCGAGGACUGCACGAGUCCAGACACGCACAUUAAGUACAUGACGGAUGGUAUGCUACAGCGCGAGUGUCUUGUCGAUCCCGACGUCAAGGCCUACUCUGUCAUCAUGCUUGAUGAAGCGCAUGAACGCACCAUUGCGACGGAUGUGCUUUUUGGCCUGCUGAAAAAGGCGCUGAAGCGCCGGCCAGACUUGAAGCUUAUCGUCACAUCAGCGACACUCGAUGCUGAGAAGUUCAGCACAUACUUCUUCGAAUGCCCCAUUUUUACAAUUCCUGGCCGGACAUACCCAGUCGAGAUUCUAUAUACCAAAGAGCCAGAGCCAGACUACUUGGAUGCAAGUCUCAUCACAGUAAUGCAGAUCCAUUUAUCUGAACCGCCCGGUGACAUCCUGGUGUUUCUUACUGGUCAAGAGGAAAUCGAUACUAGCUGUGAAAUCCUUUAUGAGCGCAUGCGUGCUUUGGGUCCCAGUGUCCCUGAGCUGAUAAUCUUGCCGGUUUAUUCGGCACUGCCGAGUGAAAUGCAAUCGAGAAUCUUCGAGCCCGCCCCGCCAGGUGCGAGGAAAGUUGUUCUUGCGACCAACAUCGCCGAGACAAGUGUGACGAUCGACGGUGUAUACUAUGUGGUAGAUCCUGGGUUCGUGAAGCAAAAUGCGUACGAUGCACGUCUCGGCAUGGAUUCGCUCGUGGUGACGCCCAUUUCACAAGCUCAGGCCCGUCAGCGAGCGGGACGCGCUGGGAGAACGGGGCCUGGCAAGUGCUACCGUCUCUACACGGAGGCGGCGUUCCGGAAUGAAAUGCUGCCGAAUCCCAUCCCCGACAUUCAGCGGCAGAAUCUUGCCUCGACUAUUCUCGCGCUUAAGGCCAUGGGCAUCAAUGAUCUUCUGCACUUUGACUUUAUGGAUCCACCGCCAGCCCAGACAAUGCUCACGGCACUUGAGUCUCUCUAUGCGCUCUCGGCUCUCGAUGAUGAAGGUUUGCUGACCCGUCUGGGUCGGAAGAUGGCUGAUUUUCCCAUGGACCCGCCAAUGGCAAAAAUGCUGAUUGCCAGUGUGGAUAUGGGCUGCAGUGAAGAGAUGCUCAGCAUUGUGGCUAUGCUGAGUAUCCCGAAUGUAUUCUACCGACCCAAAGACAAGCAGGCCCAAGCCGAUGCGAAGCGAGCCAAGUUUUUUCAGCCGGAAGGCGAUCAUCUCACGCUGCUGACUGUUUACAAUGCAUGGGUGUCUAGCCGAUUCUCUAUGCCUUGGUGUAUGGACAAUUUUAUUCAAGGACGCGCUCUGCGCCGUGCACAGGACGUACGCAAACAACUCGUGGGUAUUAUGGAUCGCUAUCAUCAUGAUAUCUUAUCUUGUGGCCCCAACUACACACGCAUUCGGCGUGCUAUAUGUUCAGGCUACUUCCGCAAUGCCGCAAAGCGUGAUCCACAAGAAGGAUAUCGAACACUUGCGGAGAGCGGCGGCAAUGUCUACCUACACCCGUCGAGCAGCCUGUUCCACCGACCACCCGAGUACGUGGUGUACCAUGAAGUGGUAAUGACGUCGAAGGAGUAUAUGCGCGAGGUGACGGCCAUUGAACCCAAAUGGCUUGUCGAAGUGGCGCCUCGCUUCUUCCGGAUGGCCGACCAGGCGAAUAUGUCGAAACGGAAGCGACAGGAAAAAAUCCAGCCUCUCUUCGACAAGUAUGCAAAAGACCAAGACGAUUGGCGUCUAUCCAAGCAACAACGUGUUGCAAGGGUCUUGCAGUCACAAACAUUUUCAUAG